AGUCCUGCGUGGGGUGUCGGAGCAGAGAGUUGUUCGGAGGACUGGGAACGGCAUGGCCUCCUCUCGGAGUUUUUUCUCCUUUAUCUGCGUGUUUUUCCUGCUUUUCUGCGCCUCCUCUGGAUCCGGGACUUUAAACAGCAGAAGAUCAAACCAGGAGCGAUGCGGCUACAGGGGUCAGUUUGCUGCAGAAGGAGUUCCUAAGUUGGCCGUCACCUUCAGAGCUGACAACUGCUCGUUAAGCUAUCCGCUGGGGAAGCAUGCAAUCCAUGAGGUCUCAGACAUCUCCUUCAGCCACCUGGCCUGUGAUGACCAGGCUGCCGUGGUCGUCCACUGGUCUCCAAGUCCACUAGGAAUCGAACACAUUAAAGGCUUCAGAGUUUAUCUGGAAGACAAGAAUCCCGACGGGAAACGGUGUCAGCACCUCGUCCUCAAAGAACCGCGGCAGCUCAACUACUCCUACAGGAGCACGAAGCUGAGCAGUCAGCCGUUCACCGGUUUGACCUUUGACACCGACUACAUGGUUCGUGUCGUUCCUUUCCCAUCUCUGAUGAACGAAAGCGUCUUCCAUCCAUCUUUUCUGCGAACCAACUCCUGUGAAUUCCUCCUUGGAUCUGACAACCUGGUCUGCAAACCAUUCUGGAAGCCAAAGACCCUGAAUGUGUCUCAGCUUGGAUCCAACCUUCACGUGACCUUUGACCUGGCUCCGCCUUCCUUCGGCCUCCAGUUUUACUACCUGUACUACAGGCUGCGACAGGACGGGCUGUUCAGAGUGCAGCGCUGCAGGCCGGAGCUAAACCAGGCCAGGACCACAUGCAUCCUGGAGGAUGUCACUCCAGGAACUUACGUCAUCGAGCUAAAAGACAACAGCAACACAAGCAGGAGGCAAAUUCAGUACCACGUCAGCCAGGUCCACUCCCCCUGGGCGGGGCCGAUCCGUGCCAUGGCCAUCACCGUGCCUCUGGUCAUCAUGUCUGCCUUUGCCACCCUCUUCACUGUCGUGUGUCGUAAGAAGCAGCAAGAAAACAUCUACAGUCAGCUGGACGAGGAGAGCAGCGAGUCGUCCAAUCAGAGCGCGGCACUGAACAGCGAGCGGCCGUGGCCACGCCCCAAGGUCUUCAUCUGCUACUCCAACAGAGACGGCUCCAAACACACCAGCGUCAUCCAGAGCUUUGCCUACUUCCUGCAGGACUUCUGUGGCUGCGAGGUGGUGCUGGACCUGUGGGAACAUCUGGAGAUGUGCAAGGAGGGUCAGAUGUCGUGGCUGAGCCGACAGCUGGAUGAAGCAAACCUCAUCAUCACCGUCUGUUCUAAAGGCCUCCGACAUCACGUUGAAAAGAAGAGUCGCAGAGGGAAGACGCCGGCUGGUCGCCGUGGUAACAGCAGCUCCCCCGCUGGCGGUUCUCACCGUGAUCUGUUCGUGGUGGCCGUGGCCAUGAUAGCGGAGAAGCUGCGGAUGGCGAAGCAAAGCCAGGACGGCGGCGGUCAGGAGCUGAGCCGCUUCUUGGCCGUGUACUUCGACUACUCCACCGAAAGCGACGUCCCCACAGCGCUGAGUGUGGCUCCCAGGCUGAAGCUCAUGGAUCAGCUGCCGCAGCUCUACAUUCGCCUCCGUUCCAGUCAGGCCGCCGUGGCCGAUCCUGAGCAACCGCCGCUCAACAUCUCCAGGGGGAACUACUUCAGGAGCAAAUCUGGACGCUCGCUCUACGUGUCCAUCUGCAACAUGCACCAGCACAUCAGCCAGAACAAGGACUGGUUUGAAAAGCAGCUGUCUCCUGCAGCCCCGCCUCCCUCAGACUCCUCCUCCAAAGAGGCUCCGCCUCCUGCCAUCCCGGGUCCGAGUUCUCCUCCAGAACCCACCUGCUCCGCGGGGCUUCAGCCGGAGCGGCGCUUCGACUCGGGCUUGGUGCUGAACGAGGUGCUGAUCAGCACGCCGUCGCUGGAGGAAGUGGAUGCAGUGGCGAGGAGGAACGUGCUCCUGCUGGCCCCUGGUUCCGGUCCGGGUCGUAGUCCCAGUCCAGAACUCCCACACUGCUCUGCAUCCAUCCCAGGAUCCACGCCAAGGUGGAGACGAGCGUCCGGUUUGACAUUUUCCCGCCGUUCAGUUCAGACCUUCAUCAGUUCAGCUCCUUUUCUUCUUCUCGGCAGAUUGUCCAUCGGAGCAUCCGGAGAGUCUUCCUCGGCUCCCUGUGUCCUUCAGGAGGAGGCGUGUCCUGCGUCCGGCCACACCGAGGACGACGGCUGCACCGUUCCGGAGGUCCCUCCUCCUCGCGAUUCUGGGAUAUACGAUUCAUCCGUCCCGUCGUCGGAGCUGUCCAUACCUCUGAUGGAGGGGCUGUCGCAAGACCAGAUGGACUCCGCCUCCUUGGCAGACAGCGAAUCGUCUUCAUCUGGACUCGGUGACGAAGAGCUGCCGACGGUGGUGUCGCUUCAUUGCAGCGCCGCCAGCAAAGCUCAGCUGCACCACCAUCACCACCUGGAGCACAGCGACGCACACGCAGCUUCGUUGUAGGAGAUGCUGCCGGCCACUCGGGGAACGGGAGCAGAAGAAGUGACUCUCAGGUGCUGUGAUGGAUGUGGAGGUGGACCGGAAGGACUUGAAGGGCCCCGAGGGGCUGAAGUCAGCAGGAAGCUGCUGGUAGAUGGUCAGUAGUGGGAGGUUGGAGCCCAGAACACAAACAUCUGUGCCGUCAUGGUCGCACCCCCACCCACUGAUCUCACCGAUUCCUGAGGGGGCGGUUUGAACACAGCAUCCCGAACACCCGCCUCCAGGAAAGAUCUGCAGGCGCUCCAGCCAAUCAGAGACAUUGAUGCUGAAGCACCUGUGGAUGAAGGUGAUGGAGAAACUCGUCAGCAACACACAGCAGGUGCCUCAACAUGAAGAUGCAUCAGUUUACGACGCAACAGAACUGUCUGAUGUUCAUCUGAACGCCGGCGACUCAAAACCGCUAAACUCUAAAUAUUUGGCCUUUAACUUUUAAAUUGGUGCUAAUUUAGAUCUAAAGCGCCAUCAGAGAAUUGUCAUAACUGAGAUCUGACUGGAAAGCAGCGGGUGUGAGAGCGGGGCAGGACCUGCUAAUGUGAUAUACUAUAAAUAGCGGUUUUUUAUUCUUUGCUCAGAUUUGUGAAUAGAUAUUGUUUCUACAUUUUUGUAUCCUGGUUCUGUUUUAUUUCUAAUGUAGCUACAUCAUUCAGCCCGUUUAGGCUCUCAGUGCUUCACAUGGACGUAUGGAGUAAGAUAGCUGCCGAUAAAAUAAAAAAAGCUGAAUAAAUGUAGGAUUUUUAUUUGUUCCCUGUUGGCUCAUAUGUGAGACACAAAGUUUUAUCUGUGAGAAUAAAAGUUUUUAACUU